GGCUGCUAUCAGUGGACACCAUGGCAGAUGUGGAAUGGCUGAAGAAACUGGGGAUGCUUAACCUUGGAGAGGAAAGGCUGGGGCCGCUAAGGCCCGUCUUCCAGCGUCUGAGGGCUAGCCCUUGGCCCUGGGUGGCCUGACAGUGGGUGGCCCUUGAGUGGGGGUUAUGGGGAGGCAGGAUCCUCCCUAAAAGCCAGUCCAGCUCUAUCCGUCAGCUCUAUUUGUCAGAUGACCCGACAAUGCGCUAGGCUGUUCCCAGGCAGUCGGGAGCUCCCCACCACCGAGGGAGGGGCAGAGGGGGAGGACACAGCGGGCGGAGGAGGUCUGGGCAGCGCAGCGUGGGGGUGCCCGGGUCUCUGGGCUUUCAGCGGGAGGAGCGGGGACGGUUUCUAGGAGCCCUGCGAGGCUGACCUGCAAUCGCCUUCAGGCACAGGGACUGGGAGCCCCGCCAGACCGCAGGGCAGGCGCCCAGCAUCCUGGGUUGGCCAAUGUGGGGGGUGGGGGCUCUGGUCUCCAGAACCGGGUGGGAGAGCAGGAGAUGGCGCGACUCGAGGUGGCCCUUGAAGGUUGGGUGAGGGGUGGAGACCGAGCCUCCUCGCCGCGUUGGGCCGACAGAAAAAUGCCGCGGUCCGGGGUCCUCGCCUUUAACGCGGCCCCCGGGGAGGAGACGGGAGGGGGAGGGGCGACGCGAGGCGGCGCAUGCGCGGGGCGGGCCGGAGCCGCCGGACAGUCCGGCCGCCGGGAGCGCGCAGGAGCCCGCGGGGAACCCCGAGAGCAGCGGGACCCCGCGCGGGGGGCUCUGAGCGGCGCGGCGGACCGGAGCCCCCAGCCUGCCGGCGCCGCUGCCCGCCCGGGGCCCGGGAGCGGCGGCCAAGAUGUCCGUGCCGGGCUGGCAGGACUCACCUCUGGCCUCAGGAAAUCCUUUCCUGCUGCCGCUCCCAGAGCUGGCCAUCAGCUGACCCAUCCAGCCACCCUCUCGCGCUGCUGGGAAAGGGGCCGCCUGCAGUCACACCGCGCAAGCCAUUUCAGCCUGCUCUUUCCACUUGCCAUCGUCACAAGCAUCUUCUCGCGUGAUUUCGGCCUUUGAACGUGGCCACUGUCAUAGCCGCAUGGUAUUCCAUGGAGAGGCCAUGGUCGUCUAAGCAGUCCCCUACAGUUGGACCUUUAGGUUAGGCCCCCCUUUUGUUUGCUCUUACAAACACUGCAACAGACAUUGUUGGCCCUAAAGCAAGAAUAGUUCUUCGUGCGGCAGGUCUGACCAAAGAAGAGGACCCCAAAGGCCCAGAGAGCGGGAGCAGGGUUCCAAGCUCUCCUCUCCAUUUAGGGUCUGGGAUAAUCAGCAGCGCCUUUAAUGGACAGAUGGGAGCCAUUGCCCCCAUGUGCUGGUCCCACCGUGUUUCCCACUGCUCUGGGCCUCAGGGGAGGGGUUGGUGACAUCCUCCCUCCAGCCUGUGAACUGGGAGUCCGCAAGCAGGCAGGAGAUGCCAGGCUGCCUCCAGCCAACAGUCCCUUCCCCACCUCAUCGCCCCCACGUGCCCUGCCCUUCGUGUCGGAGUGAGGGCAUGGGGCCCCGGUUCUGAACUCAGCCAUGUUUGGGGGAGUGCUGUUUGUCCUUUGGGGUCUCUUAGUGUGACAGCUUCUUUGACUUUCUGAGCCCUAGUGCCUCCUUCGUUCCCUUCCUGCCCUGUCCCAGAGCCCUACCAGUCUAGCAGCCUCAUCGUCCCUUCCCUGUUCACCAGCUCUGAUCCCUUCGUGGCUGGGAGCCAAUAGGAUGAGGCUAGGGGCCAUAAACUGGGUCUCAACCUCUUCAUCAGGAAAAUGAGGCUAAUCAUGAAGCCUGUUUUGCAGGAUUGCUGUGGGCAUGAAAUGAGCACAUGGUCUUAGAGCCCUUGUCUAGGGCCAGCAUGGAGGCUGUCCUGGGGGCUGUAAUCCCUGUCAGAGCUUCUUGGCACUGAGGGUUCCCCAAACACCCCAGCCAGAGUCUGCUCAGUUGGUGCCCCUCCCCCUCCCAUCUACCUGCAGACCUGGGAGUGGGCAUUCCUCUCCGCUUCCAGUUACCUCCCUUCCAUCACAGUGGGGCACAGAUUCCAGGGCCUUGAUUACAAAGCGGAAAUGCCAUUCUGGGAGGCACAGGCUUGGGGAGUGGGAGGGAGUUUAAGUGGAAAAGGAGCAAAUUUUUGAAAUGCCUCUGCCUGAGCAGGGUUCCCCUCCCCCGCCUGCCGGCCCACACCAGCGACCCUGCCUCCAGCGCUGCUUUAAUCCAGAGCCAGAGUCGGGAGGGUGGGUCUCCAGUUCCCUUGGUCCCAGCCAGCCACCUCCUCUCUCUCCCAAGGCCAGCUAGGAUGGAGUAGGGCCAGCCUGCUGAGGGCCAGGCCUUUUGUGUCCCCGCCCACCCCUGCAGAGACCCGCCUGGAGCCCUGCGGGCUGGGUUCUCUGCCAGGCCAUGAGGACUGGUCUCACCUCCUCAGUCCACAAGAGUAGAGACCCAGGAGAACC